AUGCAAAACAUCGUUGACCCCGAUAGCAUACGUAGUGGCAAUUCAAUUUCGCAAAAGUGUAAUAACGACUCGCACAUUUUUAAGGAAGGCAAACAGAACAGUGGCAGCCAAAAUGGAAGAGAUGCAGAACAAGAACAAGUGGAAAAUAACUACUUACUAAACGAAAACAAGCAAAAAAGUGGACCACAUAUAAGUGAGGAAAACACCACGGUGAAGACCAACAGCAACAAUGCACACAGAGAAUGUAAAGUAGAACCCCCCACGGAUAACAUUUAUCAUGCCUUUUCUGCUAAUGGUCUAAAGAGUAAAAGCACAUCCAAGGAUUUUUUAACGAAUGAGGAAGAAACGAGCACCAAAAAGAGCCUAGAAGAGGCGGUCAAUAGAAGGAAAAAAAUUAACGAAAUGAUUGCAGCGUACAAUUCUUUAAAUUUAAGUUUAUCCAGUUGCAAUUUCGACAACUCGGACAACUUGGGCAUUAGAAAGAAAACGUCUCUUUACAAUUCUGAUUAUAGCUGUGCUGUGGAUUAUCAGAACCAAAUGAGUUACAAGAAAAAAGUGUAUGAGGGGAACUACUCAGGUGUGACGAAUCAGGCGGAGGAGAAAAAGGGAGAGAUCUACGACAGAGGGGGUUGUGUCAAUAAUGAGAUCGCGGGACUGUCUAGGAGCAACUACUCGAAUGGUUUACUCCACCGUAGGGGGAACCUCGCAAACGGGGAUAACCUGGUGUGCAGAAUAAAGGACCUCUCAGCAGGUCACGGGAACCGUAGCGAAAAAUACCGCGAAAACCGCAGUGCCAACGGCCCAGGCAAUUCGAUCGACCAGUCCCAAGAUGACGAAGAAUUCGAAGACUAUAAAACAUUCCUAACCCUAGACAGCAACCACACCAUAUUCAAGACAAAGCCUCUGAAGCUCCCGGACUUGUCCUUCCUGCAUAACAGCAGCCGUGUUUAUAGCACCUUGGAUUUUAGCAACGAUGGGGAAGAUGAUCAAAGUAGUAACCGCUUCUGCAGGAAUAGAAUUCUGUACGAGAGUUUGGAAGGCCUGUCCUUCGACCACGAUGGGGACGACAAUAUUGUUGGCGGUGGUGUGAAUGUUUGGGGAGAUAUGAACUUCUCUCACGUGAACCCUCACAGGAAGCCUAACCCCAUCUCGGAGAAGAGCGCAGAAAACGCUGCACUGCGAAGGAAGACAGCAGGUAUGCCCGAGAGAAAUCAUCAAAAUUGCGUGGACAAUAGUGCCAUCUUCUUCAAUCCGAGGAAGGAAAGUAAAAAAAACGCCGCUAAGAAUUGCAUAAAAAGUAGCGGACUGGAAAACUCCAACAUAGAGGAGCUAAUUAAUGGCGGCAUUAAGCGGAUUGGCCGCGUGAGUCCAGUUAGUCGCACCACCGGCCAGAAUGUGAAUCUUGCCCAUUGUGGCGAAAACUGGGAGAGAAACAGAAGCCACUCGAAAAGGCAUACAAACGAAAGGAGCACUCACCAGAACAAGGAGAUGGAGUUCAAUUUUGUAAAAAAUGAUUCCAUAUGCAAUAACAGUUAUCGUAGACAAACCGCCAACUUGGGAGGUACUAAAAUUUCUAUGCAUAUUCGCGCACCAAAUGGCGAAGUCAAAAAAGGCACAAACUAUAUAAGACGAAUCAGUAACACAUGCGACAUUUUUCCAGCUACCUACAAUUGUGAGGAUGGACCUGAAGGCAUGUGCAAUGACAGAGGUGAAGGACACGCACUUAGUAGUGAUAAGUAUGCAAAUAUGCAUGCGCAGUAUGGGCAUCCGUAUGAUGUGAAAAAAAGUGCGCACGAAAGUGAAGCUUACCGCAACGGUUUACCCCGCCGCCAUUCCUGCCUCAACAACAUAGAAAAAUUUAAAGAAAUGCUGCUAACCGUGGCAACAGAUAACCUAAACGAAUAUGCAAAAUGCCUACAGAGCAUCAACAACGAAAAGUUAAAAAGUUACAAGUACUGUAUCAAGCGAGUGAAUGACUACAACAUUAGUCAAUAUUUGAGUGCGACGUUUCGCGCGUCCAUUCCAGUGAAAGGCAUUGAAGAGUCGGUGCUGACCAACUCGGAUACCUUUUCUUCCGUUCGUAACUCGGCGUACGAAAGUGAUGAGUCCAGUGUGUCCCCCCACGAUGGAGACACGAGUUGUGAGGAGUUGGCGAAUGUGAGCAUUGCAGAUGGUGAUACCAACAGUGAGUGUCACGGCGGUGGUAGUAGUGUCCAUGACAAGGACUGGCAUGGAGCCAACGGCAACUUAAAAGUUUACAAAAAGAAAAAAAAAAUUAAACGCAUCAACUGCCUGGAACACAUACCCAAGGACGAAUUUAAUUCGUGUCCAGAGAAAAUAAAAAGUGAACGAAAUGAGAGCACAUGCGUAGGUCGUAUAGAUAAAAAGUGUAUGCACAACGGAAAGAGUAUCUAUGCAUACGAGAGGAGCCAGAAGCAGAGAAGAAAGCAGACAUAUGCAAUUAGGCAAUGCAAACUAGCCAACGUUACAAUUGAUAGUCUUCAACUUAACUAUGUUGACCAAAAUUUAAAAAAACAAAACAAAACAUGUGAAAAACCACUAGGAGGAAAAACGUACUUGGCUCGAAGGAGCAAGAUGUGUAGCCUUGAUUGUGCGGAUAGCGACUGCAAUGGUUACGGCGGUUGCGACAGUUGCGGAUGCUAUAGCUGCGUGCGCACACCGAACGGCCAAGCCGCGCAGUGUUUAAAAAAAACGAAUGCAAGAAAGGGAAAGUAUCCCCAUAGCAGUAGCUGUGGUGGGAAAAACAAACAAAGUGCAUUUCUUUCCCUCAACGCAGAUUCAAAGAACCACAACGACCAACUUAAAAGCUCGUCCAUUUCGCGAAGUAGUCUGUGUGAAGGGGAGUACCAAGAGUUAUCCUUUAACAACGAACGAAGUGGUCGCCAAGAAAUCUUUGCAAAUGUGAAAAGCAUAAGCAAUUGUAACAACACCCUGAUGGAUGACCUCAUGAGGAAGGACUCCACAAAUAACGGUGGACAUAGGGGCGAAAGAAGUACCUUCAGGAAUGACAGCAACAUUAAGGUGAGUGAAAAUUUGGGUGAUUACACCGGAGUUAAUUAUUUGCAUGAGUUUCCUCUCCUCAGCGAGGACAAUAAAUGUGUGAACAGUUAUAUAAUGCGCAACGUGGGUGAAGGGGAUACCCACGAGAGGAAUUUCCAGGAAGAUGGUCCCAACCCAAUUGUAGAAUUCAACUCGAGUGGUUAUCCACUCGCACAGAGCCUUCGCAAACAAAAUGGUACAAGUGAAUUGGGAAGGAGGAACCAUACAGGGGACGUAAACCAAUCAUGUUACACCCAAGGGGUGUCCGAAAAGUACUAUCUGGAAAGUGAAAAAUUAAGUGAACUCCAUCCCUUGAGGGAGGAACAGAGCAAUGCGAGCUGCCAAAAUUAUGAACCCUUUGAAGAUAAGAGAUUCCCAAAUGUUGCAAAUCUGUACGGUAGGGACAAUUCCAAUGGGGCCGAAACGGAUGGGAGAGGAGGAAACCCCCUCUUCCAUGACAUACAAAGGGACAGCAUGACCAAUUGCGACUCCCCAUUUUUAAGUAAAAAAGAGAAAGACAUGACGGAAGGGGGCAACCAUGUUUUAAGUUUCAAUGUAGAAGAAAGUCAACACAGUAAUGAUAAGCAUAGAGAGGACCAUCAAAUGGAUGUCGAAAAUAACCCCCUGGUGAAUAACCCACGCAGUUGUAAAGCACCUCUUCAUUGCGCAGAUAAGUACGAAGGAAAAGGCAUUGAAGAAAUUAUUAAAAACAACAAGACGAGGAUUGAGCAGCUGUACGAUAGUGAAGGAAGUCAAAGUCAUGUUUACAUCGGUGAAAAUAUUAGUGGAUUUACACACCCCAUGGAGGAUGAGAUGGGAGCAAAGCAUAAUAACACCCCUUCCUUUGUUCACAAAUUGGACAAUUCUUGUAGCUCUCAAAAUGAUCCCUCCUAUUCAAUUAACUCAUAUAAUGAGGAAAUUGAAGAUAAAAAUAUAAUUGCGUGUUCUUUGGACAGUUUCAAUGAAGAGUUUAUUGCCCCCAUGUCAGUUCCCACCCCUGCGGCAUCCAUUUUCUCAGAUGGAAGUGUCUGUUCCCCGCAGAAAGGGAACUUAAAUGGUGACGGAUCUCCCCACCAGGGAAGUGUAAAAAUAAACGCGGGAAGAGAUUUACCGUUAGGAGGUCCCUUCCAGAUGUACCACCAAAAUUUUAAUUGUGAUACAAACCCGAUGGGGUUCCAUCAAAUGGGUGUGGUUAAUGAAAAAUGUGACUACAACUCGUUAGGUGUUGCCCAGGAUUAUUUUCCCAAAAGGGAAGACACUAUCCAAUAUAGUAACCAUUUGACCAAUUUAACAGAGGGAAGGAACUACAGCUCCAGCACCAUACCUGGUGAAAUCCUACAGGAGAUCUCAAAAAAGAAAGACGAAUCGAUGGUGGAAAAGAAAUUGAACCCAUCUGAUAAAAACAUAAGUAGUGAACAAAGUAACACAUACAACGGAAAACGAACCGGUGAUAAUAUAUAUAGCGAAAAUGUUAAUCUCCAUUUUCAACGCAAAGGCAGUAUCGUGCAAAAAACAAAUGAAGAGGUGCACCAAAGGCAUAAACAGACGUACCGCCAGGCGAGCAACUCAUCUGGUAGGGCAAGAAAUGACGCAAUUGGAGAUGAAGGAAAUAGAUUGAGGGGAGGGAAAAAAAACGAACUCCACAAAAUUGUAAAUACACUAGAAAUAAAAGAAACAAAGAUAAAGACCAAACAAGGCAUUUUCGAAAUAACAUCUGAGGGAAAAGUUCUCUUCACCUUCUUCGGAAGAUCAGAAAUUAAAGAAUACAAAAAGGUAAAGAGACAUAAGCUAAACAUAGACAUUUCCAAGCCGAGGAAGCUAUUAUUUAUAAUCGAAAUAAAUGGAAUAGACAUAAAAAUAAAAGACGUACUAUUAGACGACGUGUUGGAUUUCUACAACCUGCUCGAAGAAGAACUGCCAAAGUCGCACCAAGUAAGAUACGAGUAUGCUUAUGACGUCAUCGAGACGUUGAAAAAGCACACCCCUAAGGUGUCUCUCACAAAGAAGUGGUUUGGGGUGUACAACCUCAUGAGCAAUGGAAGCACCCCUGAUUUUAUGGCAACACUGAAAAACAACAUGUUCAUUGAUAAAAUUGAAAUUAAGAACAAUCAAGUGAUGUUUGCCUUGAAGGAGGGGAACACCGUAACGCUGAAUGUUGACGAUUUGAAUGGGGUCACUACCAAACUGACGAGGCAAUUGCGGGAGAGGGGAAAAAAUACCAUAGAGGAAGACGCUAAAAAGGGGUGCGAAGCACUCCUCAGAGGUAUGGUUUCCACAAAUGAACAAGAUGUCAAGGCUGUUUUACUCAAUUUGCAAUUACUCCUAAAAAAGACAGGAGUGUCCAUAGAUAUAGUCAUCCAAAACUGGUGUAAUACUUUACAGGCUUACUCACAGUGCCUAGACCUAUUGACAAAAGGGAACGCAGAAUAUACCCUCAGGAUGAGGAAAGCCUUGGCCGACAUAACAGCAAGAACUGACCUCCACAGGAGGGAGAUUUAUUUUUCCAUAUUUCCUGUCAUAGUUGAGGAGUGA